GACAAGGUGUUCUGCUUCAUCCAUCUGAGUGUUCAGGAGUUUCUGGCUGCUCUUCAUGUCCAUCUGACCUUCAUCAACUCUGGAAUUAAUCUGCUGGAAGAACAACAGAAGACCGCUAUAUGGUCUAAAUUGUUUGCAAAAAAGGAGUCAAGAGAAGUGGAAUCUGCAGUGACAUUUUUCUACCAGAAAGUUGUGGACAAGGCCUUACAGAGUCCAAAUGGACACCUGGACUUGCUCCUCCGCUUCCUCCUGGGUCUUUCACUGCAAACCAAUCAGACUCUUCUACAAGGCCUGCUGACACAGAAAGCAAGUAGCUCAAAUUCUCAUCAGAAAACAGUCCAGUACAUCAAGGAGAAGCUCAAUGAGACUCUGUCUGUAGAGAAAAGCAUCAAUCUGUUCCACUGUCUUAAUGAACUGAAUGAUCAUUCUCUAGUGCAGGAGAUCCGACAGUACUUGAGUUCAGGAAGUCUCUCCACAGAUGAACUGUCUCCUGCUCAGUGGUCAGCUCUGAUCUUCAUCUUGCUGUCAUCAGAAGAAGAUCUGGAUGUGUUUGACCUGAAGAAAUACUCUGCUUCAGAGGAGGCUCUUCUGAGGCUGCUGCCAGUGGUCAAAGCCUCCAACAAAGCUGUAAUGAGUAUCUGCAACCUUUCAGAGAGAAGCUGUGAAGCUCUGUCCUCAGUUCUAGGCUCCCAGUCUUCUUAUCUGAGAGAGCUGGACCUAAGUAACAGUGAUCUCCAGGAUUCAGGAGUGAAGCUUCUAUCUGCUGGACUGGAAAGUCCACACUGUACACUGGAAACUCUCAGUCUGUCAGGCUGUCUGAUCACAGAGAAAGGCUGUAUUUCUCUGGCCUCAGCACUGAGCUCCAACCCCUCCCAUCUGAGAGAGCUGGACCUGAGCUACAAUUAUCCACGAGGCUCAGGAUUGAAGCUGCUGUUGGCUGGACUGAAGGAUCCAAGUUGGAGACUGGACACUCUCAGGGUGGAGCCUGCUGGAGUCCAAUGGUUGAGACCAGGCCUGAGGAAGUAUUCCUGUCAACUCAUAAUCGACACAAACACAGUGAACACAAAGCUCAAACUGUCUGACAACAACCGGACGGUGGCACGUGUGAUCGAGGUUCAGUCAUAUCCUUAUCAUCCAGACAGAUUUGAUUAUGAACCUCAACUGCUGUGCAGAAAUGGUCUGACUGGUCGCUGUUACUGGGAGGUCGAGUGGAGAGGAGAGGUCCAAAUAUCAGUGAGUUACAGAAGAAUCAGAAGGAAAGGAAACAGUGAUGACUGUGUGUUUGGAUACAACGAGAAGUCCUGGAGUCUGUACUGCACUGAUGAUGGUCCUCGUUCUGUGUGGCACAAUAACAAAAACACGCCUAUUUCCUCCAUCUCCUCCUCCUCCUCUUCCUCCUCCUCAUCUGUCUCUAACAGAGUAGCAGUGUAUGUGGAUCAUCCUGCUGGCACUCUGUCCUUCUACAGAGUCUCCUCUGACACUCUGAUCCACCUCCACACCUUCAACACCACAUUCACUCUAAAACUUCAUCCUGGGUUUUUUAUCUGGUCUCGUUCGUCAGUGUAUCUGUGCUGAGUUGAGUGUAAAGAGUGUCUCCUGUUAGAGAAACAUUGACUGUUGAACAGAUAGUUCAGUCUGUACAUGUCUGUCUCUUUCAGUCAGAAAUAUAUUUUCAGAUUCAUGGAUUCAAUCAGUUGAUGUU